CUCCCGGUAUAAACCCUGGAGGUGCGUCGUCCUCCCGUUAGGAGCAGCUUUCAGCUUCUUUCAGACCGGAACUCCUCUCUUCCCGGACGGACCCAGAACCAGAACCAGAACCAGAACCCGUCCUGCUGGACCAGUCGGGGCUUCCUGCGGGCAGCUUUCCAACAAACUGCGCAGUUAGGGAGCAGAGCGGGAGUCCCGCCGGGUAACGGUCCAGGUAGCCGCCCUGACUCCUGACCCUGGGGGGGCGGGGGGCCAUGGGGUUUAGGUGGAGCCUUUCCCGGAGCUCCGACACCGUGAGGUAACCGGGCGGAGCAGCAACCUGUUGCGGCUCCCGGUGACGCAGAGAGGAUGAGCGGCGCCGCCGGUCCGCCGCUGCCGCUGCUGCUGCUGCUGCUGGGCGGCCGUGCGGCGUUCACGGUCUGCAGGUCCCUGAACGCACCGCAGGAUGGAGGGCUUCAGGCGGCGGAGGUCCAGGUGGAUGCUGCUCUGAGCGGUGCGGACAGACUGAGGCGCCCCCUCCUGGAGAAGACGCGUCCCUUCAUCCUGGUGGACGGACAGAGACGGAGUCUGGCUGAAGCCCUGCAGGAUGGCCACCCCGACAGGCUGCAGUGUGGGCUGGAGGUGGGAGGACAGCUCCUCCUGCUGGACCUGGAGAAGAACCACCUCCUGCUGCCCAGACCUCCUGACCUCUUCUUCUAUCUCCCAAACGGGACCGGAGUGUCCGCCACGGUCGACCCUGUGAGCCCCUGUUAUUAUCACGGCAGCGUCCGAGGAUUCCCGCGGUCCAGAGCGGCUCUCAGCACCUGCUCCGGACUCCGCGGCGUCUUGGUUCUGAACUCCUCCCUGAGCUUUGAGCUGCAGCCGCAGGACCAGAACCAGCGGGAUGGGGAGGAGGAAGACCUUCACCUGCUGUUUGCUGCCGGUCCUCUGGAGGGCGCUGCUGCGGCAGGCUGUGGGGUGUCGCACACGUCUGACUCACCAGUCUCCAACUGGACCCACUUCCGGAGGACCAAGAGAGACAUUCUGGCAGAGACCAAAUACGUGGAGCUGGUUCUGGUGGUGGACCAUCAGGAGUUCCUGAACUACCAGAGAAACAACAAGACCGUCCUCUACCGCAUGCUGGACGUGGCCAACCAGGUGGACUGGUUCUACCGGCCGCUGAACGUCCGCGUGGCGCUGACCGGCCUGGAGAUCUGGAGCGACCGCGAUAAGAUCCGGGUGGAGAAGAGUCCCACCGACACCCUCAACAACUUCCUGGAGUGGAGGAGCAGAGAGCUGCUGCCGCGCCUUCGCCAUGACAACGCCCAGCUCAUCAUGGGCGGCUCUUUUGACGGCACCACCGUGGGGAUGGCGUCUCAGUCGUCCAUGUGUUCCCGGGACCGAUCGGGAGGCGUCAACGUGGAUCACCUGGUCAGCGUUCUGGGCGUGGCCUCCACCGUCGCCCACGAGCUCGGACACAACCUGGGGAUGAGACACGACACGGCCGAUCGCCGCUGCUCCUGUGAAAAUGAGCCACGCCUCGGAGGAUGCAUCAUGGAGCCGUCGACCGGGUUCCUGCCAGGUCAGCUCUUCAGCAGCUGCAGCGCCGCCGAUCUGUCCAUCAGCCUGCUGCACGGCGGCGGCAUGUGUUUGUUCAACGUGCCGCAGCCAGACCGCCUGCUGGGAGGACCGCGAUGUGGAAACCUGUACGUGGAGAAAGGAGAGGAGUGUGACUGUGGCCUGCUGGAGGAGUGUAGUGACCCGUGCUGUAAUGCGUCCACCUGUCGGCUGGUUCCUGGAGCUCAGUGCUCGUCAGACGGUAUCUGCUGUGAGGACUGUAAGCUGCGUGCCGCAGGCUCCGUUUGUCGUGAGCCGCUCGGCGAGUGCGACCUGCCUGAGUACUGCACAGGCUCCUCCCCCUACUGCCCCCCUAACGUCUUCCUGCAGAACGGUGAAGCCUGCCAGAACGGCGCCUCCUACUGCUAUGGAGGAGUCUGCACCAACAUGGACACCCAGUGCCAGAUGCUGUGGGGAACCAAUGCCAGCAGCGCUCCAGCUGUGUGCUUCUCCUCGGUCAACAAACAGGGAAACAAAUAUGGAAACUGUGGUCAGCUGACCAACGGCUCCUACCUCCCCUGUGCAAACUCAGACGUUCUCUGCGGGAGGAUCCAGUGUCAGGGCGGGACAGAGCGCCCCCUGCUGGGCAGCAUCGCCCAGAUCCUCACUGUCCGCUUCAACAACAGCGACCUGGUCUGCAGGGGGACCUUCUUCCACCUGGACGACGACGUGUCGGAUCCAGCCACCGUGGACCAGGGGACCGCCUGUGGGCCCGGAAAGGCCUGCUUAAAUCAGAAAUGUCAGGACGUGUCUGUGUUCGGUGUGGACGAAUGUCGCAGGAAGUGCAGCGGACACGGCGUGUGUAACAGCAAUAAGAACUGCCACUGUGAGGUGGGCUGGGCUCCGCCGGACUGCAGGUACUCCGGUCAUGGUGGCAGCGUGGACAGCGGACCGGCCGGAGCGGCAGCAGAGUCCGAUCCGGUCCGGGUGGCGCUGCUCGUCAUAUUCUUCUUCAUCCUGCCGGUGGUCCUCCUCUUCCUCGCCCUCCGCUUCCCUCGGUGCCGUCGGAGCCUCUGCUGCCUCGGAGCGAACAGCCCGUUCCAUAAAGCCCGCCAUCAGACCCGGACUCCUGUGACGGAACGAGCAGACAGCCGGAACGGAGAGCAGGUCCGACCUCUGAGAUACCACUUGAACCCGCAGCCCGACGUCCCGCCCACUCCGGCCCAGAAACAGGUUAAUGACAGACCUGCUCCUCCCACUAAGCCCCUCCCCCCUGACCCCACCCUAACACCCCUGCAGCAGUUGGUUAAACCGCGACCAGCGGCCCCCACCAAGCCUCUGCCCCCUGACCCCCCCGCCCCCAGCAACCAGCUGCCGGUGAGUCGACCAGCUCCGCCCAAUAAGCCCCUCCCCCCCGACCCUGUCACACCUGCACAGGUUUCUGUUCCACUAAAGCCCAUCGUCCCCAGAAAGCCCCGCCCUCCAGCUCCGCCCACCAAGCCCUACCUGCCGCCUCACCUCCCCCCACAGACCAGCUACUCCUCCAGCAUCAAGCCGGCCGCGCAUGGAGCCGUCGCACCUGCAGCCGGAGCCGACAGACGACCUCCUUUCCGCCCGAGUCGACCUCCGGUUCCCCCGAAGUUUGAGUCGUCGCCUCCUCUUUAACCUUAGAGAGGCUCUGAUUGGCCGAUGGGCUGGAAGACGAUGGUGAAGAUCGUUAGUUCGGUUCCAAAGGACCCGACGAUGCUGGAUCUCAGUGCCUUGCUCAGCAGCUUCUCUGCACAGACGACACAAAUAUUUGGGAAUCACACCUGCGACUGUAGCUGCUGCUGCUCGCCCUGUAGCGCCUCCUGCUGGAACUACGGGGUUCAGUGCCUUGCUCAGAGAGAGAGUGGACAGGAAUCACACCUCGGAUCAAAGAGUCAGAGGAGACGAGAUUCUGCCUGGAACCAUCCAACCUUCCCGGCCGUCCUCUCCGGGUGGAAUCAUCACAUUCUCACUAAACUUUAUCUUCUGGUGAAACCAGGAGGAAAACCUGACAAUCUGUCGGUAUUCUGUAGAACUGAAGAACGUUUAUAGUUCAAGUUUUAUUAAAGAAAUGUAGAGAAAAUAUUUCAGAGUUGACUUCUUUAGGAAUAAAAUAUCCUACUCAUU